AUGGCAGCUGAACAAGGACUCAUGCAAUGUUUCCCCUGGGAGGUGUCGGCGUCUAAGAAAAGAUUAGCAGAAACUCAAGAAGAGAUAAAUGUUGAAGUGGCAGCAAAGGGGCGUGUUCAUGAGUUAAAUGAAGAAAUAGGUAAAUUGUUGGCCAAAGUGGAACAAGUAGGAGCUGAAGGAAACGUGGAGGAAUCUCAGAAAGUCACGGAUGAAGUAGAAAAGGCACGAGCAAAGAAAAGAGAAGCAGAGGAAGUUUAUCGGAAUCCUAUGCCAGUUUCCAGUUUCCAGCAGCAGAAACUUCGAGUCUGUGAAGUCUGUUCUGCAUAUUUAGGUCUUCAUGAUAAUGAAAGGCGACUUGCUGACCAUUUUGGGGGUAAACUGCACCUGGGACUUAUUGAAAUAAGAGAAAAACUCGAAGAAUUAAAAGGAGUUGAAGCUGAGAGGCAGGAGAAAAGAAACCAGGAACGUCUGAAACGAAGAGAAGAGACGGAGAGAGAGAAACGGGAGAAACGGAGAAGAUCUAGAUCUAGAGAGCAUCGCAGACACCGAUCUCACUCCAUGUCUCGAGAACGCAAGAGAGGGACUCGAUCCAAGUCUCGGGAGAAACGACAUCGCCUCAGGUCUCCUAGUAGCUGCAGCCGCAGUCGCAGCCACCAGAGAAGUCGGCACAGUUCCAGAGAUCGGAGCAGAGAGCGAUCCAAGAGGAGAUCCUCAAAAGAAAGAUUCAGAGACCAAGAAGACUUAGCAUCACGUGACAGAGACAGGAGUCCAAGAGACAGAUUACCUCGUGACCGAGAUCGAAAAGAUAAGAAGCGGUCUUAUGAGAGUGCUAAUAGCAGAUCAGAAGACAGGAGGAGCUCUGAAGAGCAUGAAGCAGGGGAGAUCUAGUUAGCUGUGCAUAAUCUUCAAUCCUUAAGCUUCCUCUGGAGUUAACAUGCUAUUGUUUAGUUUACUGCCGUUCAGGGGGACAGUUCUAGAUACCAUCCAGGCUACAUAUAUAGUAUCUAAUGAUCUGAA